AAAAUAUUGCACUAAAAGGAACUGCAAGUCAAAGCAGCACUGCUUAUAAUGGACCAGCUAACUAUGCUAUUGAUGGAAAUGAUGGUUCCAUAUAUGGUGAUAAAAGUUGCAGCCAUACUGCAAAGGAAGGGGGCGCUUGGUGGAAACUAGAUUUGGGAGAUACAUACUCUAUAUCUCAAGUGGUAUUAACAAAUCGACAGGACUGUUGUUCUGAAAGAAUUGACGGUGCUGUGGUGUUAAUUGGUGGCAGUUCUGAUAUAAGCCAAAAUGAUCAAUGCGGAGAUCAAAUAGACUGGAACGCAAAUACAUAUGAAGAGAAGAUCAGAUUUGAUUGUCAGCUCAGUGGGCGUUAUGUUGCCGUACAACUGAAAGAUCAUAACAACUAUCUACACCUGUGUGAAGUGGAGGUGUUUGGUGAGAAGCAAUCAUUACCGGAAAAUAUUGCACUAAAAGGAACUGCAAGCCAAAGCAGCACUGCUUAUAAUGGACCAGCUAACUAUGCUAUUGAUGGGAAUGAUGAUUCCAUAUAUGGUGAUAAAAGUUGCAGCCAUACUGCAAAGGAACAGGGCGCUUGGUGGAAACUAGAUUUGGGAGAAACAUACUCUAUAUCUCAAGUGGUAUUAACAAAUCGACAGGACUGUUGUUCUGAAAGAAUUGACGGUGCUGUGGUGUCAAUUGGUGGCAGUUCUGAUAUAAGCCAAAAUGAUCAAUGCGGAGAUCAAAUAGACUGGAACGCAAAUACAUAUGAAGAGAAGAUCAGAUUUGAUUGUCAGCUCAGCGGGCGUUAUGUUGCCGUACAACUGAAAGAUCAUACCAACUAUCUACACCUGUGUGAAGUGGAGGUUUUUGGUGAGAAGAAAUCAUUACCGGAAAAUAUUGCACUAAAAGGAACUGCAAGCCAAAGCAGCACUGCUUAUAAUGGACCAGCUAACUAUGCUAUUAAUGGGAAUGAUGAUUCCAUAUAUGGUGAUAAAAGUUGCAGCCAUACUGCAAAGGAAAGGGGCGCUUGGUGGAAACUAGAUUUGGGAGAAACAUACUCUAUAUCUCAAGUGGAAAUAACCAAUCGACAAGAUUGUUGUUCUGAAAGAAUUGAUGGAGCAGUGGUGUUAAUUGGUGACAAUUCUGAUAUAAGCCAAAAUGUCCAAUGUGGAGAUCAAAUAGACUGGAAUGCAAACACGUAUGGAGAAAAGAUCACAUUUCAAUGUCAACUAAACGGACGUUAUGUUGCCGUACAACUGAAAGAUCAUAACAACUAUCUACACCUGUGUGAAGUGGAGGUGUUUGGUGAGAAGCAAUCAUUACCGGAAAAUAUUGCACUAAAAGGAACGGCAAGCCAAAGCAGCACUGCUUAUGAUGGACCAGCUAACUAUGGUAAUGAUGGAAAUGAUGAUUCCAUAUACGGUGAUAAAAGUUGUAGCCAUACUGCAAAGGAACAGGGCGCUUGGUGGAAACUAGAUUUGGAAGAAUCAUACACUGUAUCUCAAGUGGUAAUAACCAAUCGACAAGAUUGUUGUUCUGAAAGAAUUGAUGGAGCAGUGGUGUUAAUUGGUGACAAUUCUGAUAAAAGCCAAAAUGUCCAAUGUGGAGAUCAAAUAGACUGGAAUGCAAACACGUAUGGAGAAAAGAUCACAUUUCAAUGUCAACUAAACGGACGUUAUGUUGCCGUACAACUGAAAGAUCAUAACAACUAUCUACACCUGUGUGAAGUGGAGGUGUUUGGUGAGAAGCAAUCAUUACCGGAAAAUAUUGCACUAAAAGGAACGGCAAGCCAAAGCAGCACUGCUUAUGAUGGACCAGCUAACUAUGCUAAUGAUGGAAAUGAUGAUUCCAUAUACGGUGAUAAAAGUUGUAGCCAUACUGCAAAGGAACAGGGCGCUUGGUGGAAACUAGAUUUGGAAGAAUCAUACACUGUAUCUCAAGUGGUAAUAACCAAUCGACAAGAUUGUUGUUCUGAAAGAAUUGAUGGAGCAGUGGUGUUAAUUGGUGACAAUUCUGAUAUAAGCCAAAAUGUCCAAUGUGGAGAUCAAAUAGACUGGAAUGCAAACACGUAUGGAGAAAAGAUCACAUUUCAAUGUCACCUAAACGGACGUUAUGUUGCCGUACAACUGAAAGAUCAUAACAACUAUCUACACCUGUGUGAAGUGGAGGUGUUUGGUGAGAAGCAAUCAUUACCGGAAAAUAUUGCACUAAAAGGAACGGCAAGCCAAAGCAGCACUGCUUAUGAUGGACCAGCUAACUAUGCUAAUGAUGGAAAUGAUGAUUCCAUAUACGGUGAUAAAAGUUGUAGCCAUACUGCAAAGGAACAGGGCGCUUGGUGGAAACUAGAUUUGGAAGAAUCAUACACUGUAUCUCAAGUGGUAAUAACCAAUCGACAAGAUUGUUGUUCUGAAAGAAUUGAUGGAGCAGUGGUGUUAAUUGGUGACAAUUCUGAUAUAAACCAAAAUGACCAAUGUGGAGAUCAAAUUGACUGGAACGCAAACACGUAUGAAGAGAAGAUCACACUUGAUUGUCUGCUAAGUGGGCGUUAUGUUGCCGUACAACUGAAAGAUCAUAACAACUAUUUACACCUGUGUGAAGUGGAAGUGUUUGGAAAGAAACAUCACAAAAGCACUCCAUGUUCACUGAAUUGGAAGUAUUAG